AUUACAUUGUCUCGAAAGUGCGGAUUCCACUGCGGAAGAUCGACGAAUUCGACUGACUGACAUGAACACCUCUAUCUACUAUCCACUGUUGAACAACAACAAACUUCACAAAGUGCAACGGAAUUUUAGGAAGUUUCUCGCGUGUGUUCAAAUUUUGCGUAAUUUUGUGUGCCAAAGAAUUCAAAACGUGCAUAAAGCAUGUCCAGCAAGUUGAUCGGAAGCUGGUGCCUUUCGGACGGUGCUUUUUUCCCGUGCUCCAUCCACAACAUCGGCGACGACGGGAAAACUGUCUUGAUUGUGCCAGGCGAGGGCCAAUCGUUUACACUGGUCAUCAAAAAUUUCCGGCAGAACAUUGAAACAGGUGGCGAACCUCACAAGGUGUCCCGUAUUAAAUCGACCGGUUACAAUCUGGUGGAAACAGUCGUCACGGCAAGAAAUACCGUGAGUCGCGGAAGUAGCGGUCAGUUAGUGGUGUUUAGUUCAUUUCGAGAAUGCAACGUGGUUGGGGGAAUCGAAGGAGUUAAGGCUAUAGGGACAAUGGACGGUGGGUCCAAGUUGACCGUGAUCCGAGUAACUGAAGAUAACAAAAUGCGACUGGACGUGUUUGCCGAUUUGGUCGGUUGUAAUAUGGGUAGCAUUGUCCAUUCAUUUGAUCUAACAUGGGAGAAAAAUGAAUUUGAAGUCACUCGUAACCGACAAGUUCAUAAGGUCAAAACUGUUCAGAUUGCUAAGAAUAGCUCUAAACUGUUUACAAGAUUUUUAAAUUGCAUUGAUAUUGCAGAAGAAACAGAAAUCAUUUUAUUCACAAUGGACAAUGGACUUUACUGGCUGAAAAUCUUGGAAGGGAGCUACGAAAUCGUAACAGUUAGAAUGUAUCCGUCUAUCGUUCUGGACUACAAUUAUGCCCAUAAUACCGGAUGCUUUGCGGUUCUAGUGUCCAACGCUGUACUGUACAUCUAUUCAAUUUCCGAGGACGCCGAUUGUCUACUGCUUCAGGAAGAUAAACGAUAUCUGGGCCCCAUCGUGGAAGCCCACUAUUUCAUUACUGAGUUAAGCACUUUUAUCUACUCUAAUGGCUCUCAUGUCAUACAAAUACGAUACUAUUAUUCCGAACUCAGUAAAGCUAUUCUACACGUAUCCAAAGAACUACAAAUUGUCGGUGUGACCGGAAUUACCUAUUUGGAUCACGCCAAGAUGGCAAUAUGCGUAACAGAAAACCGCCUGUUCUAUUCAGUUCCAGUACAUAAAUUGACCGAUCUAAAUACCAACCAGCAAAAUGAUUAUUUCGAACUCACCAACGAAAUUUUAUCGCAAGCCAAUCAGAUGACUUGCCUUCUAACUAAUGAGGUGACCGUCGAAAAAACGAUCGCACAACAAAUCAACCAAGAGAAGGUGCAAAUCGACGUUUUGACCCAAGCUGCUAACAGAAUGUAUGGAAAGCUUAUCACAGCUGAAUUGCUGUACCACAAACAUCUUCCAAAUUUGCACUAUAACACCCUCCUGCUGAAUGAUAAAGCUUGCCUAAGCAAUAUGUUCGUUCAGAUAGAAAUUAUCUUGAGCAAAGGAAUCCGAGAAUGUAUAAACCGCCAAAGCAAUUGGCUUCUGCAAGUUUGCUUAGACGACGAUGCCAUCCAAAUCCAGCUCGAGAAAAUGAAUUACAUUGAGGAUAACACCAUCCGGUUACUCGCUCCAAUUGAAGAAAGUACUUUUCGUAUGCAUGGGUUUCCCCGAAUAGAAAUCAACGCAAUAAUCACAGUUACACAUGAUCAAGAUAAGCUAAUGCUGAAAAUCCCGAUACAAGUAAGGAAUGAGGAGAAUUUUGCCAGUCUAUUCGAGGCUAGCUUACACGAACCGAAAAUUGUUAACCCUAGAGCUAAACUACCGACCGAGGAAGCACGUGAUCUCAUUCGUCAAUGCGAGCAAAAGCCAGUUUCAGAAGCAAUGCUGUUGGAGUGGGAUUUAAGGGGAUUGAUGGAAUUCCCAACGAUUGGCAGUCUCCUAAAUCAAAUCGGCAUACCGAUGAAUAACAUAAUUGUUGAAAAAGCUUUCCUAAAGCUUGGCAAUCAACUUUGCGAAGUAAACCAAGUCGAUCCUCAUGCAUUCCGGUUCAACACGAAAUCGCCAGGAGUGUUGUAUUUGGUGAAGGUUUUGUGCAAUGAAAAGCUUCGACAUAAGAGCAAGACGGAGAUAGAAAAAUUAAAGGCCAUCCGGCUUCAACUGUUGCAAUGUGAAAGCGAUUUCCAAUCUAUUGCAUCCUUUUACCGGCAAAUCAGGACAUCCUUCGACACCUGGCGAUAAUGCAACACCGGCUACACCAUUCAACACCCACCGUGCUCGAUGUUUCCUCCCACCACCCACCACACCACAUGCACCGUAAAAACCGAAUCAGGGGAGAAAGUGAAACAGCAAAACGGAGAAGCAUUGACAGCAUAACAACAUAAGGCGCAUACAUAUUCUAAAGCAUCAUCAUCGUCGUACACUAUCUAUACAUAGGAGAUAGAAGCUUCUGCGUCUGCUAUCAUCGGUUCGUACAUUUCACAAAACGAGUAUUGUUGUGUCCUGUCAGUUUAUAUGUAUCAUAAACGCCACUGAGAUAGGGCGUAAACCCGAUCGUAUAAUAGCAAUUUAUGAUUGGAGAGUUUUAUACCUAAUCCAGUCAAAGUGGAUUUAAUU